CCGCAUGCUCUAGCUCUUGCGAAAGACUGCGUCGACGAGUGCGCACGGGGACAUGCGCGCUGCCGAGCCCUGCUAGCAUCUCACGAGAGCGAUGCUCUGCUCCCUACCCGUCUCAUCGACUGCUCCGAUCCCAGCCGUCCGCGUCUCGCCCCGACGGACGGCCUACGCGGCAAGUACUGCGCGCUCAGCUACGUCUGGGGCGAGCCGCAACCACACAGCACUCUCACCUCCAACGUGCACGUCUACACUGCGGGGAUCAAUCCUGCGAACCUACCGCAGACUAUCCGCGACGCGAUCUACGUCACGCACGAGCUCGGGAUGCAAUAUCUGUGGGCGGACACGCUGUGCAUAAUACAGGACUCGGGCCAGGACAAGCGGCGCGAGCUCGCUCGCAUGCAUCGCAUCUACCGCGAUGCGCACCUCACCAUCAUCGCAUCCGACGCG